AGUAGCGUGCAGGACAUCGUCGGUUGUGAGUGCGUGAGGCGUCUUAACGAACAGAAGAAUUUUAAGAAUUACUUAGCUUCUGAAGAAUUAUAGCACGAAGUUAAACGAUUGUAUUUUCUUAUGUGUCGAGUAUGAAAUUUUUACUUUUUUACGCGACUUACUUCGCCGGCGUACUCGCCCUCAACGAAAAGACGUCAAAGAAUGCAUUUCAAAACCAGUUGGGUUAUUGCGAGCCUUUUACAGUGGAAUUAAUAGCGGGACUUGUUUCGAAAGAGGCACGUCAUAUAAUCGAUCCAGGAUCACGUCCGCGACAAAAACAAUUGCGAUACGAUCUGUUUACACGGCGGAAUCCACACACACGACAUGUACUGUUAACUGGCGACCGCAACCGGCUGUUGGCCUCGAACUUUAAUGCCACUUGGCCCGUCAGAUUAUCCAUUCAUGGUUGGAAUGGCCAAACCACGACUUGCUCGAAUGCCGCCAUUAAAGAUGCAUACCUCGCAAAGGGCGAUUACAAUGUGAUCUUAGUUGACUGGUCGGAUUACUCGUUGGACAUAAAUUAUUUUCGCGUUGUUGUGGAAAUUUCCGAAAUCGCACACAAACUUAACGAGUUCACACGUUUCCUACACAACCAAACUGCUGUACCCUUCAGUGACAUGUAUUUAAUUGGACACAGCGCUGGCUGCCACAUCGCUGGCAUGGCGGGCAAGCUACUCCAACCCGACAAAUACGGUGUCAUCUACGCACUAGACUCGUCUGGACCCGUACAUCGCACAUUGGACGCAAAAUGGCGACUCGCACCAACCGAUGCCGUCUAUGUGGAGUCCAUACAAACCGACAUAGCGCUGUUUGGUUUCCCCGCCGACAACCUAGCACACGCCUCUUUCUACCCCAACUGGGGUUUGGGUCAACCACAUUGCCCCAAUGUGACCACAAUGGAGCCGGACUUCACCUGUGACCAUUUUGGCGCUUUAUACUACUUCGCGGAGUCGUUGCAGAAUCCUUCGGCUUUUGGCGCGAUCAAAUGCAAGAAUUAUAACAGCAUCGAAAACUCGAAAUGCGGCUGCGGCGCGCGUUGGUGCCACGCGACUGCCUUCAUGGGUGGCGAUCCGGCUGUGCCGAAGAAAGGCGUCUUCUACUUUAGCACACGUGCGACAAUGCCCUUCGGUUAUGGUGCGAUGUGUCGUAUGAAACGGCCCAUCAGGCCCACUAUAGCGCGUAUUUCUUAAAAAAAUAAAGACGUUUGGUAGUGUUUAUCACAUUUAUUUGCUCUUAAUUCUCUCUAUGGUGGAUUAGUCAUUUACAAUAUGCAUUUAAUGUAUUAGACUACACUUUUUUUUGGUUUUCGAUUCACUUGAGUUGCAAAAAAUCACAAAAUAUAUAUACACAAGUUAUUGUUAAAAACAUUUUAAAUACAUUCACUUUUGUAUAUAAUUACAUUACUAGUGUUCUUUGGUGAGAACUUUGCGCUUAAAAAAUUAGUGCACGAAAAAUAUGCGACGAAUGACACAAAUUCGGAACAUUCACUUAAAUAAGGGCACGUUUUUAAGUUUGAACAUGGCUGCAUUCAAGCUUAAAUACAAUUCUGCGUACAGUUUAGUCGUGAUCAGGCCUGUGAGCUUGAAGCAUUUGAUCAUUAGGUUAAAGCAAAUGGUUACGCUAAUUGCGACAUAAAAAUACUGGAAAGUUUAUAACUUAAGUUUAGUUUAAGUUAGCGUUUGGAAAGCGAAAAUAUGUUAUGCUUAGCACAGCUCACUCAUAUCGUACAAAUAUAUAUGUUUGUAAAUAAAAUCGAUAACAGCAAAAAUAAUCUUAGCAAAUUUUUAAACCCGCCACCCUUCAUUUGAGCCUUUGAAA